UAUAUUUGACAUUGACGUUUAGACGCUAAAUACUAUUUUUAUUUUCGUGAAUAAUAGUUUACGUAAAACAACAAUAAUUGUUUUUUAGACCCGCCGUGGGCUUUCAAAGUUUCGCUAAAUCCUCAGUGCAGUGAAGCCCAAAAUGGCAGAAACUUGCGAUUGGCAGUUGAGAUGUACGGAGCUAAAGCACCGAGGUUCUCAUCUUUUACAAUCCGGCCAGUGGUCUGAUUGCUCGUUCCUGGUGGGCUCGGAGCCCCACCAGGUCGUGGUGCCAGGCCAUAAGCUCAUUCUGGCCAUGGCGUCGCCGGUGUUUGAGGCCAUGUUCUACGGAGGAAUGGCUGAGAGAAACGAGCCUAUUCCAAUUUUGGAUGUCCAACCAGAAGCUUUCAAAGCGUUGCUAGAAUAUAUCUACACAGACAACAUAAAUAUAAGCUCUUUUGACAAAGCCUGUGAGCUGUGCUAUGGAGCCAAGAAGUACAUGCUGCCACACCUGGUGAAGGAGUGCACACGGUAUCUCUGGUCAGACUUGUACCCGAAGAAUGCCUGCCGCGCUUAUGAGUUUGCGAGAUUGUUUGAGGAGAGUGUGCUUAUGGACAAAUGUAUACAGAUAAUUAGUACCAACACAAAAGAAGUGCUCACAGACAGCAGCUUCGAAGAAGUGGAACUGAGCACAGUGAUCACGGUGUUCUCGCUGGAGCACCUGAACGUGGACAGCGAGCUGGACCUGUUCGAGGCGGCGGCGCGGUACGCGCGCGCGCAGGCGCGGCGCCAGCCCUCGCCGGGGCCCGCCAGCCCCAAGCCCGCCACCAGCGACGAGAAGGUGGUGGUAGUGGAGAGCAGUGCGGAGAGCAGCCCACUGUCGGGCUCCGGCGAGGGCUGCGCCGCGAGCUCGGGCUCCGGCAGCGAGCCCCGGGCCGAGGCCGCCCGGAGCGAGCCCGAGCCCGGCCCCGGCGAGCCCAGCAGGACAGACAAGCUGAGCAUCCGUCACGCCAUCGAGAAGAUCCGCUUCCUCACUCUCACGCCCCAACAGUUCGCGGAGGGCCCCGCGCGCUCCUCGCUCCUCACGGAGUCGGAGGCCUUCGCGGUCCUCAUGAACAUCCUCUCCAGCAGCGCCGACGUGCCGCUCCCAGCCGGCUUCAGCUCCUGCCGGGUGCCGCGCAAGCAGCUCAUCGGCAGCGGACCCUCCAAUAACAUGCCGACGUUCACGGUGGACACGCCGUCGCCCGUGAUGGUGGAGCACCCGGAGCGGCCGCUGCCCUGCCUGCCUGCCUACCCGCGGCCCCGGCACGACGUUCCGGGCGUCCGACUGGCCUCUUCUAUCCACACGCUCUCAGCGCUCGGCCCCGAGCACCUGGAGCGACACAGCAACGACUUCAACAAGAUCUACUGCCAGCGGCCCAUCAUACAGCAUACAGACUGCUUGAACACCAGCGUCCUAGACUGCUCUGUGACCUUCAUGGUGGAUAAGAACAUCUGCCUUCUCGGGGUUCAGGUCCCCACGCAGGCGCCGAGCGAAGAGAGCGCCGUGUCGGCGCUCGGCGGCACCGGCUACUCCGAGCUGCUGUACGCGCACCUGCUGGACGCCGACGGCGCCCGCCUCACCUACACGCACUACACCAACCGGGUGCCGUACCGACAUCUGCUGGACAUCAUGUUCAACAGGCCCGUCUAUAUACAGCGGAACAAGGUAAGGCUACUCCGAGCUGCUGUACGCGCACCUGCUGGACGCCGACGGCGCCCGCCUCACCUACACGCACUACACCAACCGGGUGCCGUACCGACAUCUGCUGGACAUCAUGUUCAACAGGCCCGUCUAUAUACAGCGGAACAAGGUAAGGCUACUCCGAGCUGCUGUACGCGCACCUGCUGGACGCCGACGGCGCCCGCCUCACCUACACGCACUACACCAACCGGGUGCCGUACCGACAUCUGCUGGACAUCAUGUUCAACAGGCCCGUCUAUAUACAGCGGAACAAGGUAAGGCUACUCCGAGCUGCUGUACGCGCACCUGCUGGACGCCGACGGCGCCCGCCUCACCUACACGCACUACACCAACCGGGUGCCGUACCGACAUCUGCUGGACAUCAUGUUCAACAGGCCCGUCUAUAUACAGCGGAACAAGGUAAGGCUACUCCGAGCUGCUGUACGCGCACCUGCUGGACGCCGACGGCGCCCGCCUCACCUACACGCACUACACCAACCGGGUGCCGUACCGACAUCUGCUGGACAUCAUGUUCAACAGGCCCGUCUAUAUACAGCGGAACAAGGUAAGGCUACUCCGAGCUGCUGUACGCGCACCUGCUGGACGCCGACGGCGCCCGCCUCACCUACACGCACUACACCAACCGGGUGCCGUACCGACAUCUGCUGGACAUCAUGUUCAACAGGCCCGUCUAUAUACAGCGGAACAAGGUAAGGCUACUCCGAGCUGCUGUACGCGCACCUGCUGGACGCCGACGGCGCCCGCCUCACCUACACGCACUACACCAACCGGGUGCCGUACCGACAUCUGCUGGACAUCAUGUUCAACAGGCCCGUCUAUAUACAGCGGAACAAGGUAUACAAGGUGGGCAUAGUGUUCAACAAAGUGGGUUGGUACCCGAUGGGGUCCUGCGCGCAGCAGGUGGCGGCCGAGUCCGUGUUCUUCAACUUCGGCAUCGGCCAGUCCAGCGACUCGGUCCGCGACGGCCUCAUCCGGUCCAUCAUAUUCACCUACUAGCACACGCACGGCGGAUACGUCCACAUCACCUAGGAUAUGUCUGUCUCGCUCUAACGUUACCGGCUUACACUGGGUUGGCACUCGAUUCUUAGAGCAUACAGCAAAGGAGUUGCCUUUCAGUGACUUACCCGUCUGUCAAAAUCCUUGCACAAUGUGCAAAAAAUCGUACAAAGACAAUUCCAUGUGCGAUAUGUUUGUGUGCAUCAAAAUGAGAAUGUGUUCAUUUUUAUUCAAAUUUGAGUGUGUUCGUGUUUCAACACAGAUUUUUUGCAAUUGUGAGUAAUUUUGCAUUUUUUUUAUACCACGGCCGGUGGCAAACAAGCAUACGGCUCGCCUGAUGGUAAGCAGUCUCCGUAGCUUAUGUACGCUAUGCGCGUUGCCGACCCUAACACUCCGCACCCUCGUUGAGCUCUGGCAACCUUACUCACCGACAACAACACAGCACUAUGAGCAGGGUCUAGUGUUAUUUGGCUGCGGUUGUCUGUAAGGUGGAGGUACUUCCCUAGUUAGGCUCUGCUCUAGAUCUGCAAUGACAUCCGCUGUGCUGUAUCCUACAACACAAAGCAAGAUAACAUUCACAAUGCCCAUUAUCUCUGUUUUGGACGUAGUUCAAGGACAUACCGGGUCAAUUGCAUUUUGAUUUUCAAUAACUGUACAUACAAUAACAAUACCUAAUGAUUUCUAUAUACAUGAUACUUUUUGAAAAGUUUUGAAAAAUCAACGGUUUUUGAAUAAGCAUUUGGUCUAAUAAUUAUUUGCCAAAUGAACAUCGAAAUCGAGCAAUCAUUAUUCGAAGUAACGAUAGGAUACCAACACUUUGAUCUAAGAACGUGUUACCUAGGGAAUAUACUGAGAAUCUGUGAAUAUAAUUGUAGAUUUAUUCAACGUGAUGACCCAAAAAUGUUGGUAUUUUUUUUUUAGAAAAUGACAAAAUUACCCUUUUGACUGCCACAGCCAUAGCCGGACACUUUUGCAACAGUUCUGCCUAAGGAGAUUAUAUUCCUUGCCUCAACCUUCCAUACAUUGGACAUAUAUAAUCGGAUUUUGGAUAAAAAUGGCGGUAAUUUCAAAAAAAUACCAGCAGAAAUACAACUAGUCUAGUCAUAAUCACACUAUGACAAACCUGUUUGAGCUAUGCUCAUAUCAUGAUUACACAAAAUUACUAAAACGAUUGUAAUUUAGUGGUAUUCGAGAAAAUUAAUUAAUUACCGAUUCCCAAAGAAUUUUACAAAUAUGGUCAUAAGUGUGAGUUGAGACAUAACUGUAGACCUUAAUGUUAUAAUGAUAGGGUCUAUUAUGUUUGAUGUGUUUUAGUGUUAUCUGUAAUGGCAAUUAUUUUAUGUAGAUUUAAGUAAAACAAUGUUUAUAACCUCAAUUAGCCUUAUAAAGGCCAAAUAUGAAAUAUUAGAUGUAGAACCAGGCCAGAAAACAGCCGGUGUGUGUUACAUGUGUCUAGUUUCCUCUCUCUUUUCUUCCUAGCGUUUGCCGGCAUAUUGCCACGGCUCAUGGGAGCCUGGAGUCCGCUUGGCAACUAAUCCCAAGAAUUGGCGUAGGCUCUACUUUUAGUAGGCAUGUAACAAACAAACAUUUAUUCUGAAAAUAGGCCACUGGGGCACUUUUAUAUGUAUUUUUUUUUACAAGCAAUAAAAAUUACAAAUAUGGUAUCAAUCAAAUAUUAGGUACUUUAUUAGAGAUGUCGUAUCAGAAAUAAUACAUAAUUUAAAAAAAACGAUCAUUAAAUUAUCGUUAUAGAUGUAACGGGUCUCCGAGACUUGAAUUCUUAUAUAAAUAAUUAAAACAGGAAAUUAAAUGACAUGUGUCUAGUUUCCUGUUUGUUUUAAAUAAGCAUGUAGGCUAGUGCGCCUGCAUGACCUACAUUGUGCAUACACAGCAGGUCGUGGAACAAACUCGGGCUUGUACGUAACUUAUGUAUGUCGCGGACAGAUACUUUGAUCAUUUUCAUGAUAUGGCUAGGUUUGACUUUUUCGUAAUAUGACUAACCGAUAAUUUCAUGAAAUGAUUGCCACAUCAUGAAAUGAUCAAUUCUAAGAUCUGGCCUCGACAUACAAAUAGUAUUUUGUUAACCAAGGGAUGAAAUGAUGUCUUUCAACCGAGUUAAACACUCUACUUUUAAGUAAAAUACAUGUGUUUUUUUUUUUAAACAUGACUAAGUAUACUUAAUUAAUAUAAUUUUUGAUAGCAUUUCUUGAGGGUACUUUCAAAUAAUAAUUUAGGUAAAAGUAUCGUUUUUUUAUGGAAUGGGGAGUUAAAUAUCAGAAUGGAAAUUGUAAAACAAGUCCAUUUAAAACCAAAUUUUAAUUCCUUAUGGUAAAAAAAAUCGUACUUGGAAAGUAAAAUGUACUAGUGCAAAAACUUAUCACUUUGUACACAAUUUUUUAAACAACGAUGACCCACUUCCAGAGCAUGAGAAAUAAAAAUAUAAUUCAUGAGAAAUGAGUAUAUAAUUUGAGUAUUUACUAGUUACUUUCGUUGAACGAAAACAUCGCGAGGAAAUCAUAUAAAUAUAUCCUAAUAGGUUUCUGUAUGAAUAUAUGUAACCAGUAACCACUUACCCCCCUAUUCAUAAACGUUUACUUAAGUUAACACGCCGCUAAUAAUCGGUUCUUCGCCGGUAAUAAUCUUUCCAUCAUACCAAUACGUCGGAAAGGGACAAACGAUUAUUAGCGGCUUGUCAACUUUAGUAGACGUUUAUGAAUAAGGGGGUAAAUUAUUUAUAGAGCGUGUCAUUCACGAAGACGCGUGCUUUGACUCGUAUAUUGUCAUGUUAUUAAAGGUUAGAUUUGACAAAUCUGCGCGUCAUCGUUUAUGACACGUACUAUAUUGAGGCAUAGUUUUCUCAUCUGUUUUGGUGGGUCAGGAGACAGAUAAGUAGUAGUGUCCGACCGAAAUCUGAUUUUUUUUCCGAAACCGAAGGUUUAGUUUUGGUCUAGUGUCGGUCGAAACGUGAUUAAUUGAUUAUUGUGCCGAAACUUCGAUCGGACACUAGUGGAUAGGUUGUGGAAGAUUUAACAACUGGACGCCUUGUCUGUAAUUUUCUGUACAAAACGUAUUCCGAUUUUUGCGGGGGAGGGGCACGUCACAUGUAUGGUUAUUUGUACGUAGUCAGUUCAUACACGCCAGCUAAGCUACCGGUCGCCUUCACCGCGGCCCCGAAACCUGGCCCCGCUCAAACGGUAUCACCAGGCAAGGGGUCGUGGGGUUGGAUAACGAUCGGUAGCGAAGAGCUGGCCCACACCAGCAGCACACGCGGUCCCCCAAAUGACGGCCAACUGACCUCCCCACCGGUCGGUGGGGAGCGACCCGCGAUAGCCGCCGCAGCCGGAAGGCGGAAGCGGCCCCUCAUACACGGGGGGUAUCGAAAGAAAUCCAGUCCGUCAGUCUAUACUAUACAUAUGGAUUAGCAGAGGUUUUCGACAGAGGGGUAAGCUCUUAAAGGCGACUCCAGUUGUUAAAUCCUCCAAGGGAUGGGUAGAUUAAUAAGUUGCCACAGCGGAACCUUGGAUUCGGGAAUUAGGUAAAAGGUUAUGGUAAAAAGAGAAGGCCCUACAAAUCUGAGUGUAUAAUGUUUACUAUACCAGGACACUGAGUGUAAGGAAGGCCUGAGUGGACGCUCGUGGGACGCUCGCUCGGCGGGGCGUGCAGGGCGGCUCACAUUCAAGUGCUUUUUUUUAUAUACUACGUCGGUGGCAAACAAGCAUACGGCCCGCCUGAUGGUAAGCAGCCUCCGUAGCCUAUGUACGCCUGUAACUCCAGGGGAGUUACAUGCGCGUUGCCGACCCUAAACCCGCCCCCCCCCCCCCCCUCCUCAUUGAGCUCUGGCAACCUUACUCACCGGCAGGAACACAACACUAUGAGUAGGGUGCUGUGAGCAGCGUGCACUGCGGCCGAUCCUAUACGUUUGCAUGUGCACGCCGCACGCCCCGCCUCGCUGCACGACCAACUCGAGCGUCUACUCAGGCCUUACACUUAGGGGCGAUUGCUCUAACAAAAUGAAUUGAUUGUAAUAGAGAAAUAAAGUCUAAGAAAAAACGUA